GUAAUUUACGGUGAUUAGAUGCGUGACUAAUUGCAGAAUACAUUCGCGAAAUAUACACAGUUAAAGUGAGAAGAGAAGAGCGCGCUGCGUCAAGGAUACUCGUGGACCGCAAUGGCAGCUGUGACGGUGGCGGUGGUGGCGGUGGCUGAAAUGUCAGAGGAACAUUUUGAAAAUCUUUGGUUCGGCGCAUGCGUCCCGGUGCACUCAGCCUCCGAUGGAGCGCGAUGGACCUGUCGUCGUCUCUGAGCUACUGCUGCUAGAUGAAACGCUCCGCGCCGAGAGGAAACUACGCAUCUCUCCGACGACGCCGGGAAUCGUGGAUCCUCGAAUUAUUCGAUCGACAAUCAUCGGAUCGACAAAUAAUCAGUGCGUAAUCGUGAGUGUUAUUGAUCAUCCUUUUACGAAAUAAACAAUCGUCUGCUCUCGUUUCGACACGAUCGAUAGCGAGAAAGAUCUUUCCGGAGAGAGAAAGAGAGAGAGAGAGAGAGAAGCGCCACCCGUUAUAGAAAGAGAAAGAGAGUGCGUGUGUUGUCCGAGGUGCUCGAUCGCUGCGACAAUUUCCAAUGCGCUUUUCGUGCGGAUGUCGAAAUUGGCAGAGACGGACGAUCCCUAAACGAGUGAAUGUUCCAUGAAACUGAAUUCGAGACGCGGCGGCGAGAGAUGCCGGAUGAAAAUCGCGACCAGCUGGCGAGAGACGGAGGAGGAAACGUAUCGGGAGGACGCAGAGAGUCCUCGAGGGGUGGCAGCUGCGAGCCGGAUCCUCGUAAUCGAGGACUAACCGCAACGAUGAUUCCGCUUCCGCGCACUGGCCAGUUCGCGGCCGCCUCGCAAAAUCAGAAGAUUGUCAAAACGGAGAAAAAUCGACUGAGACUCAUCCUAGAAAGCCACGGGACUAUUGAUAAGGAGCGGAGAAUUGGCAUGCAAGAGGAGGAGGAGGAGGAGGAGGAGGAGCAAGUAUCGCAGAAUAAUUGGCAAGUGUCGGCCGCCAACUGCUCGACUAUCGCGCAAUUCAGCGAGGAAUCUGGCGAUUCGUAUCGGAAGGGAAAGGAGAGCGCGGAUACCCGACGAGACCGAUUGCGCGCGACGGAGGGCCGCGUGCCGUGCGGUUCGGCGGCGAGCGUCGGGGUGGAAGGCGUCGCCAGCGCUUGGGGUGUCCAGAGACGGCAGUCGCCGCCGCCCCUGAUAUCGCGCAGGCUGGAGUCGGUCGCUGACGGCGUCGCCGUCGCAGCAGCAGCGUCCUACAACCCCGUCGCCGUCACGCAGAAAUGCGUCGCUACGAAGAAGGGAGCCGUCGAUGCUGUCGCGCCGAGGCAGCCGCGGAUCUACCCGGGUCCUCCUCUCAUUGCUGAGACCAGCAAGGAAGAUGCUAUGGAGCCAGAAACCAAGGAGGAGGACGAGCGACGCUCAUCGACACCGAGUCCCGAGUUUUACUUGAGGAGAAGUAAACGUUAUAACGAGGAUGGCAGUAGCGAGGAGGAAACUAAGCAGGGUAGCACUUCGCUGCCCGGUCACAGGCUACCGUCUUCGUAUCGCGGAACUUGGCCCAUCAGAAGAGACGUAUGGGCUAAUCAGCAGAUUGGCUUUCCGGCCCAGCAGAGCACAUCACUCGCUGCGCACAAUGAUGUGGCCAGCGUGAUGAGUUUUUCAUCGAAUUCUGCGGGUCUCGAGAGUCAUUCCGCGGAGUUGCAAGGCCAUCGGCGACUGGGCGCCAAGGUAGACGUGGUAUACAACCUGUUGGGCAUGCUAGAGAAGAACGGUCGGGACGAUAUGAGCACCACUCUGCUUUCUAUGAGCACCUCUCUAGAUAGUUGCUUGGUGAUGAGACAAUCCGGAUGCCUGCCGUUGCUCGUGCAACUGAUUCACGCGCCAAGACAAGAUCCAGACACUCGGGACAGGGCUAUGCAAGCGUUGCACAAUGUGGUGCACGCUAAGAGCGACGAGAGAGCCGGUCGUCGGGAAGCGCGGGUGCUCCGGUUUCUCGAACAGCUGCGCGAUUAUUGCCAGAAUCUGAGGAUGUCCCUAGAAAGGGGCCAGCCUGCGGAUGAUCUCGAGAGAGGACAUCCCGCGGCAACGAUAGCCGCGCUCAUGAAGCUGUCCUUUGAUGAGGCUCAUCGUCAUGCUAUGUGUCAAUUGGGUGGUCUUCACGCGGUCGCGGAACUCAUCGAGAUGGAUCAUCUGGCGCACGGCAGCGAGAGUGACGACCAAAAUUGCAUUACAUUGCGACGAUACGCGGGAAUGGCGUUGACCAACCUGACUUUUGGCGAUGGCAACAACAAGGCGCUACUCUGCUCCUUUAAGGAAUUUAUGAAGGCUUUGGUCUCACAAUUAAAAAGUCCCAGCGACGAUCUUAGACAGGUGACCGCGAGCGUUCUAAGAAAUUUGUCCUGGCGUGCCGACAGUAGUAGCAAGCAGACUCUGAGAGAAGUAGGAGCGGUGACAGGUCUGAUGAAAGCCGCCAUGGAAGGUCGCAAAGAAUCCACUCUAAAAUCUAUACUAUCUGCUUUGUGGAAUCUGUCAGCUCACUGCAGCACAAAUAAAGUGGAUAUCUGCGCCGUGGAUGGCGCACUGGCUUUCCUUGUCGAUAUGCUGAGUUACAAGGCGCCAUCCAAAACGCUUGCGAUAGUCGAGAACGCUGGCGGUAUUCUUAGAAACGUGUCGAGUCACGUUGCGGUGCGAGAAGACUAUCGAGCCAUCGUGAGGGAGAGAGGCUGCCUACAAGUUCUUCUGCAGCAGUUGAGAUCACCCAGUCUCACCGUGGUCAGCAACGCCUGCGGAGCACUUUGGAAUCUGUCUGCGAGGUGUCCUCAAGAUCAGCGUCUCCUUUGGGACCUGGGAGCUGUGCCGAUGUUGCGCAGUCUCGUUCAUUCCAAGCACAAGAUGAUUUCGAUGGGUUCCAGCGCAGCCUUGAAGAAUUUGUUGAGCGCCAGACCCGGUUGCAAUAAUCUCGUUCAUUUGGAUUCCACGGCACGGGGACUCGGAUUAUCGACCCUACCGAGUCUGGCUGCUCGCAGACAACGGGCUCUAGAGCAAGAAAUUGAUCAAAAUUUGGCCGAGACUUGUGAUAACAUUGAGCCGAGUACUUCGCCGAUUAACAAGGACGAUAAGUUCACGUUUAAGCUAGAUCACAGUUUUCUCGGUAUCAAUACUCACGGUCUGCGCACUUACCAGUUGCACAGUCAGCCCAGCACAUCUACCGCCAAAUGUAACGGAGUAGCUAGGAGUGAAAGUAGAGAUUCCAUGCGUUCAGUGACAAGCACGCACUCUGACACCAUGUUCGAGAGAGUAAAUCGUCAUGUUCUGAAUGGCGCAUCGCCUACCGAUUCGCAGAUCAAACAACAAUCUUCGUCGCUUCAUUCCGCAGUUGGAUUUGACAGCGCAUGUAGCGACACUAACACGAAGGCCACUUCUUCCGAGAGGAAAUAUACUUUGCGUUACAAGAAUGCUAUACCUGAACGACUGAGACCAUCCGACGGCUUCGACAUGAACGAGCUGAGAUGCACAAAUUCUACUAUAUCAUGGGCUACAGCGCCCAAUCAAGAACCAUCUCAGACCUCAUUACACUCUUCCAUUGAGAAUAACAUGUCUCUGAUCGAUCAGAGCGCGUCAUCUUCGUCCAAGGCCGGCAGCCAGUCCAGCGUUUCCGAAGAAGCCGAAGCAACCGUGUGCGCUAAGUCGGAUUAUAGACGAACAACCGCGAAAGCGGUUGUUGAUAGCUCGAAGCCGGUCUCUUAUUUGCGUGAUAUUUCUCCCAUGAAGGAAAACGCAAAUUUCAGCAAUGUCUAUGCGGAGAAAGCUUUGUUGCGUCAUGAUACUCUGAACAGCAUUCAGAAAGCGAUAUCGCCUACAAUCGAUUCAGACGGUAAUUUGUUCGGCGAUUACGCCGAAACGGACUUGGAUCAGCCGACCGAUUACAGUCUGCGCUAUGGCGAGCAAACUAUAGACGACGAGAAGCAACAUUCCGGUUUCUUUUCGGCCAACGAUCAGGGACUUCUACACGAGGACACAGUUAGAACUUAUUACACGGAGGGAACGCCGCGUGAGACGUCCUUGAACUCAUCCAGGGCCACUUCCGCUUCUGAUCUGCAAGACGAUAGUCGUAUAAGGAACUCGUCGAAAAAGUUACCAGAGCGAUAUAAGGUGAGGCCCACUGAGGACCACAGUGAAUGCAAAGCGUUGUCCUUGACGGACGUGCCGAAAUUGAAUGACUUCGCCGAAUCAGAAACGCAAUUGAAUUUGCGAGGCGCGACGCAUCUUACGGACGAUGAGCGCGCAAAUCAUUCGUUACCGUACCUUAAGGAAGAUUUGGGCAAGCAGCUCAAGGCGGUUCAAGAAGACGCAUCCAUCCAAAAUCAUUCAAGUGUAAGAACGACGCCGAUUUCGAUGGUAUUAGGCAGCUCUGAAUUUAAUGAUGAUCACGAUGCAGAAUCCAGCUCUAGGAUUACUAGUUUAGACUCUAAAUCAAAUGAUUGCAAAAUAAAUAAAGAUCUACCGUCAAGUGACAUUGAAUUCUCAUCCAGUAAUAAUACCGGUUUAAAGACUUCUAAUAACGACUCGGGAUAUCAAAUCAGUGAUGGAGACGAGGAUGAUGAGGAUCUAUUAGCCGCUUGUAUUAAUAUUGGAAUGCAAAAUAACAGGCAUAGGCAUUCCUUCAUAGGAAAUAAUCUCGAAAAACUUCCUCGAUCGGAAAAUAAUCUGACUCGAUAUCAAACUAGUCUCGCUCUUGAUCAAGUCGAAUGUAAUGGAUCUGUAGAAUCUAACAGUUCGUUAUUUAAUAUAAAUUAUGCGGAGUCUCAUGGAACUACAGCUGAAAGUGAUUUAUCAGAGAAAAACAAGAAGGAUAAUAAUGAAAAAAGCGUUCAAUUGGAAGCAGCUACAGUGAUGACAAAUAUAAAUAACGAAUACAUGCAUAAUAUCGAGGAAUCAAAUAAUAUUUCAACCAUGACAGCAGUAAAAAAUGAUAAUCUUGAUAAUAAUUUCUCAGUGAUAACUGUAUUACAGAAACCUGACAUGUUCUUAAAUAAGAAUGUAUUCGAUAACUUUACCGUAAAUGAUGAAUGCGAUACAGUUAAAAAAGAAUCCAUUAUACGAGUGGACGAGGCAACAACCGAUGAUCAGAUUUCAACGGACAUUCCAUCAAUGAAGCAAUCAUUUACAAAAGAUUCCGAAAGUAGUGAAUCAAUUGAUUCUGUCGAGCAAUCCGAACACGCUCUUCUGGAACUGUGUAUCCAAUCCAAUAUAAAAUCCGAAAGCAACAUUACGAUCAACCAAAGCAAUGCAGACUACGUUAAAACGCAGUUAGAGUUAUAUAAUGAACAAAUAGACUUUAUAAAAGAAAGAAAUAAUAUUUCCGAAGAGCUAUCCGAGAUUGACGGCAAUGCGAGUGAAAAACCGGAGGCACCAUUCGAAAUUGUGAGGACCUCGGACGUUUUACAUCGCGAAAGCGCAGAGAAGCAUAUAAAAGAAGAGACGUAUAGACGACAAAGAGAUCCCGACGCUAUGAUUGCUUCGUUGGAUCGAUUAACGGCAACGUUAGUUCAACAAACUGAAGCCAUACGCGAACGAGAUUCCAGCACAAUGAAACAGAGUUUGACAUGCGACACAUGGAACGAGGAUUCUCCCAAUGACAUUUCUUUCCCCAGCAUCAGCAUAAGCGCGCCGCUGGUCGCUUCGUUCAACAGUGACGCACAAGAAGAUCAACGAACCAAUGUGUUGGAAAACAAUAUGCAAGUCGAGAAUAAUGAACAGACCGGCAUGACAGAAUCAAAGAUUAUUCAACGUGAAGCCAUCAAACUAGCGGAAGCCGUGCAUGCCGAGGCAAACAAUCAAAACGAGCUCGAGACGACGAGUUUGACAUCUAUCGAUCUCGAGGCAAUCAAACCGCCGUCCUCGAUGGGAAGUUUGCUAUCGUUGACCGCGAGCUAUGCCGGCUCCGCUGACAAUAGUGAAACUUUUGUCAAUCGGGACAGAUGUUAUUCCACAUCUCUGCCACCGGUAUCAACGAGAUAUUCCGCCGAUCCUCGCAAUGUACGGAAAAAGUCUCUGCCAUUUGGCGUAGUGGCUAAACGAGCGCUAGGCCAAAGUCAGAGUCAUACAUCUAGUCUGGAGAAUUUGCUAAACGAAUGUACUAGCUCUCAUCUGGAGAAUGUCAAGCCGCCGUCCAUGAUGGACGAAUUGCCAGAUGUGGGCGAUAUGGAGAACAGUAUGCUCAGCGUGGCUAGCAUCACAUCGGAGAUCGCGGACUCAAAGGAACAGGAUUCACACAGUCUGACCGGCAGUGACUCGGCGGUAUUCGAAAUGCUAAAGCCGGUCGCCAACGUAUUAUCCAUGACAUGCAUGCGUUACGCUGAGGGCAUGCAAAGCAGCGCGAACAACAGUCUGAGUGAGUGCCUGGAGAAUAUCAAUCCGCCGUCCCUAUUUAAUGAAGUGAGCGAGAUGGAUGAGUCCACGAUGGAAGCGACUACCGAUACCCUAUGUAGCGAUACUCUGUGCAUAGAAACAGAGCUGCACACCGACGAGGCAGUGCAUUCAAUCGUGGCGGAGGUGAUUGACGAAGCAGAGAAUGACACCGAUGAAGCGGUCACUCCGAUCUCAUCCGAAUAUUGUGUUAGUAGCUCGGCAGAAUCAACGCCGAAACGGCGCCCGCCGCAUCUAAAAUCUCACUUGACCCCGAAGCAGAAACGGAACUUGACAAAGGAGAGAUAUAAGACGUAUACCAUCGCCGCGGAGAUUGUUAAGAAAGAACAGGAAGAACGCCAGAAACAGGAUAGUACUUGCAACAAUGAGGAGGGUGAUAAAAUUCCACGUGAAAAGUACUCUCCCUUCUCGAAACUAACGCCAAAGCAACGCAGGCAAGAAAAUAGAGCGAGAUUCCAGACACAGGUGCUGGAAAAUCCCUUCCCGGAUUUAAAUCUGACUCAAACUCAGGAAGUACAGGAAGUACAGGAGUUAGUUUCAGCUAGAAAUUCUGGAGAAAAGCAAGAAUCCACAUCUCCUAACAAGUCCUCGAUUCCUACGCUUACAAAGUUACCCAUGUGCAGGGCGUUGAGAAGAAAACGCGGAGAUUCCCAAGAGAAUAAAGAGCGUUAUCGCACAAGGACGUUGGACGAUUCGGAAACCGUAUUUAAAGAGAUCGAGCAUAAUCCUGUUUCAAGCUCUAAUGCGACGGAAGAAGGGCAAAUAAACGCACAAGGAUACGCUCACGAGGAGAUUCAAACUAUGUUGGAGCAGAAUGCCACCAUCGUGUUGAACAAUUUGAAUGAAUCGAAUAAAGCUAACGGAGAUGAUAUUUUACGUUGCGAAACCGUUACUUUGACGUCACAUAAUUCCGAAGUGGAUCGCGACCUAAGAAUGCGCUUUGUAAACGGGCUUUCGAAGAAACUGAUGAGCACUCAACACGUUGACAACGCACAAACUCUUGCAAUAAAUAUCAACCAUGAGGAAGCAGAAGCUGAGUACGCACUCACUCACGAGGAUCUGGGCUCAGCGGAUCAGAAUGAAUUAGGCAGUGAUGAAGAGUCCAACUACGCCGACGAGGAACAGGAACCGAGAGAGACGAAGAGGCCGCGAAUAAUUAAGCCGGGAAUCCCGGGUCGAGAUCCGAGCGUGGAUUCCAACGCGACGGAUAAAUCUGAGCCGGAAAGCCCGAAAGCGAUUCGAGGACGAAGAAAGGCGCUUUAUUCGAAUCCAAUAACGCGAAAGCCGACACCGCAAUCAUCGCCGUUGAAGCAAGCAAACCUUAUCAGCGGAAUACCCAUAGGUCGCAGCAAUACCUCGCCCAUUGUAAGAGCUACUAGAGUCACCACUUUGCGACAGAACAGCAAUAGUUCAACGACUACUACAAAAGAUCUUCCGAAAAUCAACAUGAGUCCAAAGAAAACUCCAUCUGUUGCGAACGCGGAGAAAAAGACGCGAAACUUGGCAGCUGUAUCCAAGAGGGCCUCUGUACCUCAGAAGGGAUCUUCAUUGACCUUCACAAAAUCCACUAAGCGUCAUAGUACACCUUCGGCCUCCUCAUCGAAUUAUCAAAGCGAUAGUAAAUUGCCUGAGGUUCCGAUCAAGCCAUUGGAACGUCAAGGAACCUUUACAAAGGAUGAACCGGAGGUGGAGAAUGCGCCAACGGUGCAUUCCGCGUCCGGUUCCCCGGUAAAGACAAAGAUUGCCAAACCGAUUAAAGGCGCUUCGUCAAAGAUAUACCCGGCGACAGGAAAAUCCAAGAUCUCCGUGAAAGCGUAUCAGCCAAAAAUGACAGCCAAUAGCUCCGAAAAGAUGCAACCGCCUAAAGGACUGCUGAUGGCGCCGAAAAAGAUGUCCACUGGAAAGAUAAUUACGCCACCGAAAGUUCUCAACGCAUCCCAGAACGAUAAGACCUUCCGGAAGGUUGAUUCUCUCGGGCAACGAUCCAACAGCAAUUCCAGUAUAGUCGCCAAUUCGUCAACGAGCGUGCAAAAUCGUAAGCUGGCAAAGGAGGCGACAAGCAAAAUUGCAAGUCUCUGGAAAAAGGUCGAAGAGAGUAAGAACAAGCAGCGUUUCGAGAAACCGGAUACCAGGCAAUGGAUAAGGCCAGCCAAUAGUACCACCGAGGUGGACGCUGCACCCAUCGCCGCUGCAACAUUCAAUAACCCGCCGGCGUACAAAUUGUUUCGCAGUUCCACGUUCGAGGGGAUCUCCCAGGAGGACAGUAGCAGUGUCGAGACGUCGCCCUACAAGUCCAGAUCCAGACCACCAGUCUUAGGUAUGCAAGUCGGACCUGCUGGCCCAAAGUAUAGAAAUUCCUGUGACUUGACGGGCAUGAACGCCAACGAGGCACCUUGCAAGAUUCCGGUGAAAUCGUCCGAGGCGUACAAGCGCGAGACGACGCAGCUGGGCGAUAGCUUGGUGACCAUGAGGAAGCAACAGAGCGCUGAGUUCGGAACAGAAACAGAUCUCACCAAGAGGAUAUCCAGGCUCGGCUCCUUCAUCCGAGUAGAUCCGGCGACAGCAGCGGAAAACGGCGUCCGGACGCCGGCUUCGGCGAUCGUGCCGCCGUUCAACUAUAAUCCAAAGCCAGACAUUCCAUCGCAAGCAGCCAAACCUAGGUCGGACGAGGGUCAGGGUAAAUUCGAGAUGACGGAUUGUCACGCGGAAAUAGUCACGGGAUCCGCCAGAGUGACGACGGUAUAGGGGAGCUGGGACGAUCCCCAAAAACGAAGCGUAUAAGUUCUGUAAUAAUCGACUCUCUUCGUUCCAAGCUAGUCAUUGUACAUUUGCUUGCUUCUAUAUGUUCGCCCACAUUCGUCACAUGUGAUACGCAUUAUGAGUAGAUAAUUUUAAUCAUUUUCUUUUGCUGUCUCGCGUACAGAUCCUUCGACAUUUUACGCGAAAUAAUAAAAUAGUCACGUAUAAUAAUAUCCAUGAUAUAUUGUAUGCAUAAGCAUCGCAAUGCCAAUUUCUUCGAUACCGACAAAAAUGUGUGAAAUAUUAGCGGGAAAUCUUAAGAUCAUUCCUGUGUCCAUUUUAUCUGUUGUAUAUAUACAUGAUAAUAUAGAAUAAUUCCGAAUUUGAAAGAAGAGAAUCACAGUCGAAAAUCCAUAGUGCUUAGCGAUGAUCUUGGAUCGGUUAUUUAUUCAAUUUUGUAUAUAUCAAAAAAAAAAAAACGUGAGUGAAGAAUGUAGAAAGUUUUAAUAGUACAUGUUUAAAAUAUGCGUAAAGCAUAUGCACUGGUACAUCGCUGUACAUCUUUGUACGCGAAUAAGAAAAGACGCAUUCGCGGGGAAGAAGACCCGGCGAUCUGUAUUUUGUUUCUAUCAUAUAAACCGAUUCGUAUCAUCUUUCUCUUUCAAACGGAUGCAAAGUUUAAUUACUUUUUAAAGACUGAUAAGUAGGAUGAUGAAGACCUGGAAUAAGCUCGAGCAUCUUCGACCGAAGAUUAAUCAUAACGAGAUAAUAUCGUUUGUAUCGACUGUGUGAACGUAGAGCGGUCUAAAGUAGUUCGCUAAAACUGGGAUUAUAAUAACGGGACAAAAGAUUUUAUAAACAUUAUCUUAAGUUUCUAGUCUACAGGUAAUAUACACACACAUUCUAUUUUCAUCACACAUACUAUAUUGUAUAUCGCGGACAUCCGUUUCAUUUCUGAGUGACGUUUAUUGAAUUGACACUGUUACUUCUGUGGAGGUAAAUAUAUCAUUAAAAGGUGUACAGAUCACACAUAUGCAAUUAGAGAGAAAUUACUCAAGUCUCUGAAAUCGAAAUAUACUAUAAUUUUAUUAUUUAAUAUUGUUUUAUUUUUCAUUCAGAGACUGACGUAGGCAAGAUAUAUUCUUUUUUCUUUUAAUUUACUUAAUUUUCUUUAUCGUGUCAAUUUUCCUUCUGCGGGAAUCGUAUUAUUAUCGAAUUCUCAUCGAAAGGAGAGAGAUUACUUGGCAUGUGAAUUAGAAUUAUAUAUUUAAUUUUUAAGAGAUUUCUUUUAUGUAAACAGUUUUACCCUGUUCCAGUUCGAGUUAAUUAGAUUUAACCCCGCCAACUUGGAACCAUAUCAGGGUAUCUUUGCGUUGUUUCUUAAAACAUAUUUGGUCUGUACACUACGAGAUUAUUGUAAUUAUUUUUUUGUAACAUUAUUUCCACUCUAAGUUUUAAGAACAACUUUAAUUAUAUUUUGCGCUUUAAAUUUGCCAGAUAUCAUUAUAAUUUGUACAUUACUUGCAGUACAAUAAAAUUAAUAGCUAAAAAUACCCUUUUUUAUCGUAAACUCUAAAGAGAUAUGUCAUCGAUUGUCUGCAACUAUAAAAGAAUAAACAAUGUAGCGCAAAUAAAAAAUAUUUAUUAAUCCUUACAA